AGGGGCGCGCGGGGCAUGCCGGGAAUGCCGACGCCCAAGAUGGCGGCAGGAUUGAAAAGUUGUUGCCGCGGCGGCGGCGCCUCUUCCCCUCGUUAAGGCUCCGGCUCUUCCGGGCGCGGCGAUGGCGGCGGAUUGAAGGCGGAGCGGGGGGGACCCGGGCGGGGAAAUGGCUCCGGGCCCCGCCUGAGACAUGGAGGAGGAAGGCAAGCGGGGCAAAAAGCCUGGGAUAGUGUCCCCGUUCAAGCGCGUCUUCCUGAAAGGCGAAAAGGGCAGGGAUAAGAAGGCGCAGGAGAAGGUGACGGAGAGGCGGCCCCUGCAUUCCGUGUCGCUCUCCUUGCCUGACCGAGUGGAGCCUGACAUCCUCUUAAACGACUACAUCGAAAAGGAAGUGAAGUAUUUAGGACAAUUAACGUCUGUCCCAGGGUACCUGAAUCCUUCCAGCCGCACCGAAAUACUUCAUUUAAUAGACAAUGCAAAGAGAACCCAUCAGCUUCCAGGUCAGCUGACCCCAGAGCACGAUGCCGUGAUCAGUUUGUCGGCCUACAACAUCAAGCUGGUGUGGCGAGAUGGCGAAGAUAUCAUUCUCAGGGUCCCCAUCCAUGACGUCGCGUCGGUCUCCUACAUCCGGGACGAUUCCUCCCAUUUGGUGGUGCUGAAAACAGCUCAGGACCCCGGAAUUUCCCCCAGCCAGAGUCUUUGUGCCGAAAGCUCGAAGGUUCUCACUUCAGGAUCACUCUCGGAGAGCGGAGUGGUCCCGGUCGAAGCUUGCAGCCUUGUGGUUCUGGCCACAGAGAACAAAGUAACGGCGGAGGAACUCUGCUCCCUUCUCAGCCAAGUCUUCCAUAUUGUUUACACAGAGUCCACUAUAGACUUCCUAGACAGAGCAAUAUUUGAUGGGGCCUCUACGCCAACGCGGCAUCUGUCCCUACACUGAGAUGACUCUUCUACAAAAGUGGACAUCAAAGAUUCUUAUGAAACAGAAGCGAGCACUAUCUCUUUUCCCAGAAUCCCGCUUGGGGGGCUGGGGGCAGCUCCCCCCUCUU